AUGGUGCUGAAGAGGUCAUCUAUGAUCCUUAAAGGCAAGAAGAAACCUAUCUGGAGGUUCACUCUCAACCUCUCUGACCCAGUGGAAGAUGGGAUCCUUGACUGCAUCAACUUUGAGCAGUUUCUGCGGGAGAAAGUGAAGGUUGGUGGGAAGACCGGAAACCUGGGCAACGUUGUCCAGAUCGAGAGAGUGAAAAACAAUAACAUUGUCACCUUGACCAGAAGGUUCUCCAAAAGAUACCUAAAGUACCUGACCAAAAAGUACCUGAAGAAGAACAAUCUGCGGGACUGGCUGGGGGUUUUCACCUCCGAUAAAGAAAGCUAUGAACUCCGCUACUUCCAAAUCAGCCAAGCUGAAGAGGAGUCAAACCGAGGAUUGAAGGGAGCUUUGCAUCUGGGGUCCUAG